GUCCUCUUCUCAUCACAACCGGAAAUCGAACCGGAGUAAUCGAUCUCCGAAGACCGGGUAUGAUUGGCAGACCACCAAAACCAAGCUAAGUGAUCGCGGUGGGCAUUUGUUGGAAACUGGCUUGUGGUCCGAUUGCACUUUUGUCGUUGGAAUCCCGCCUAACACCACGGCGUUCCGAUGUCACAAAAUGCUCUUAGCCAUGGCCUCACCCGUGUUUGAAGCCAUGUUCUACGGAGGCCUAUUUAAUAACGAGGAGAACAUCAAAAUAUUGGAUGUUCAACCUGAGGCUUUUCACAUCAUGUUAGAAUAUAUUUACACAGAUGAGAUUCGAUUGAACAGUUUCGACCUGGUUUGCGAUAUAUGCUACUCUGCCAAAAAAUAUAUGCUCCCAACCCUCGUUGAGAAGUGUACCAAGUACCUUUGGAGAGAUCUAAAUCCAAAAAAUGCUUGCCGCGCCUACGAAUUCGCCAAGCUAUUUGACGAAGCCGUUUUACUGGAGAAAAGCAUCGAGCUUAUUCGCACUCACACGAGGGAGGUCGUUCAAGAGCCGUCCUUUGACGAAAUCGAACUCACCACGCUUUGCGUCGUUCUCUCGCAAGAUAUCACUUCGGCCUCCGAAACACAACUGUUCGAAGCCAUGGUGAAAUGGGCAACCAAAGAAUGCGGUCGUAAGGGUUUUGAGGCGACUAUUGAAAAGAAGAGAGCUUGUCUCGGCGAAGCCCUCUAUCUGAUCCGUUAUCUGACACUAACGGCUGCUGAGUACGCCAAUGGUCCAGCCCAAUCCGGGCUUCUCUCGCAAGAAGAGAGCUUUGCCAUACUCAUGAACAUUGCUGCACCCGGAUCCAAGGAUGUACCAAACCAUAUGAAUGGAGAACGACAACCCAGACGAUCCCCUUUGCCGGGUGUAGUCGGAGCCAAUAUAGCUAUCGAUGUUGACAUGUCACGGAGGUACUUUUGUCGACGAGUUGUCAUUCCGGAGCCACAUUGCCUCAACACGUCCAUUCUAGAUUGCUCGGUGACUUUCACGGUGGAUAAAGAUUGUUGCAUUCAUGGCAUUGAGGUGCCCUCUCAACUAAAAGAUUUCCCGGAAAACCCUGCCUUGGAGUUGCCCGCCAUCCCAGCCGAACAAAGUGACUACAACGAGCUCUUAUAUGCCCAUCUUUUAGAUUCUGAAGGCAAUAGGUUGACCUAUACUCAUUUUACGGCCAAAGUCAACUGGAACACAAUGAUCGAAAUCAAUUUUAACCGAUCGGUUUGUGUCCUGGCCAAUCGAGUUUAUCGGAUCGGGAUGGUUCUGAAUAAGGUGGGAUGGUAUCCCACUGGAAUUUGUACUCGACGAAUCAGUUGCGAGGGAUCUUUCUUUACAUUCUGCGUGGGGCAACCUAAUGAUACUCUUCGUGAUGGAUUAAUUCGCUCCAUCAUUUUUUCCAAAUAAGCUUAGUCACAAAUUCCGUUACAAUAUUUCUUGUCAAAAACUGGCACAACUUCAAUCUCCUCUCUUUACACCAAAUGUAUCCCGAGAAAGGCUAAUUUGUUAACUCGUAAAUUUUCUUAAUUGAAAGUUUAAUACUGUUGUCUCAAAAAUUACUAAUAUGUUUAACGAAUAAAGAACACCUCUUUGUACAUAAAUUUAAAAAAAAAAACUUUACUAGUUUGGGUACAUUUGCGUGUUUUAUAUUGAAAUGGCAGGUAGUCAUCUCGCUCGACUUGCUCUCUGAUGAUGCUUGUUACAAUUGAGUUAUACGCACGCAUCGUAAUCAAAGCCAUCAUGAGUUUUACCUCGCCCUCGGGAAUGACCGCACGUUGGUGCAUUUACGUUGCGGAAAGUAGCAACUAAAGCAACUAUAAACAAA